AUGCGUACCUCAGGAGUAGCUGCUGCUUCAUCCACAUCAUCUUCAUCCUCCUCACCCGCCGCUCUUGGCAAACAGCCUGUCUCAUCAUCAACUGCUACCUGUGUCUCUCCAGUUUCAUCCCCUUCUGACGAUACCGAGUCUCCCCUACCGUCCAAGUCCUCAGCCGCUCCGACUACCGCGCUCUCACAGAGAGAAUCCACGAACAACUCCGAAGAGAUUGCUCCUGAGAUCGUCGUCUGGACAGGGCAAAUGGAUAGCAUGAUUGUUGACUCUCCUGAGACCGCUACCCCAGUUUCACCAUCCUCGGGGCCAGCUGCAGCCUCAGAGGAAAAGUCUGUCGACGCGAUCCCGACAUCUCCCUCGCAGCCAACGUCUGCACCCCAGCUAUCUUCCACACUUACAGUUCCUCAACAAGGUGAAACCUCCGAGGAGAAGAGACCGUCUGUGACCUCUUCCUCCUUAUCAACCCUUUCAGAUCAAUCCGACCUGUCCUCCGUUCCUCUUUCCGUGUCGAGCAAGGCCACUACACCUGUCGAUACUGAUAGUUCAAGAGAGGCUCCUGCCCCUGGUGCCCCUCGCUUGACCCAGCGGGCCACGUCGCCAAGGCGAAAAUGGGAUGUUCGGCCCAAGGUCUCAAUACCCCCAGACUUGACGCUUUCAGAGUAUGCUUUGCAAUGUGUGGCGGCCGCUGAGGCGUCUAGGCUGAAUCCCUACGCGCUUCAUCAAGAGGAAUAUCUGAUGCUUCGCGACCAUAUCAGUCAUGCCCAGGUCACCACCUACUUGAAUAUCCGGAACGGUAUUUUGCGUCUGUGGGUGUGCAACCCACGCAUUGCCGUGACCCGUGAAGAAGCCGUCGGCUGUGCCAAGGACCCCAGGUGGUUUGAUGUAGCGAGUGUUUGUUACGACUGGCUUGUCCGCCGUGGCUACAUCAACUUCGGUUGUGUAGAGAUCCGGCCCUCACGCCACAAGCAUGCAGAAAACAGCGAGUUAUUGACCAAGACCAAAGAGAAGAAAAAGAGGAGAACGGUAGUUGUCAUUGGCGCUGGUAUGGCCGGCCUGGGCUGUGCGAGACAGCUCGAGGGACUGUUUGCUCAGUAUGCUAACAGGUUCCGCAAAAUGGGCGAGGAACCACCGGAAGUCAUCGUGCUUGAGGCCAGGAACAGAGUUGGUGGCAGAGUUUACUCCAGGCCUUUCCAUACACGGCCGAAGCACAUCCCGGAACAUUUCAAAGGGAAACGCUUCACGGCUGAGAUGGGGGGCAUGAUUAUCACGGGAUUUGAAAGGGGCAACCCGAUCAACAUCCUCCUCCGGGCACAGUUAGGUCUUUCGUACCACUAUUUGAAGCCAGAGACUAUCUUGUACGAUUCCAACGGCAAACCGGUCGAUCUGCAUCGUGAUCAGCUCGUCGAAAACCUUUACAAUGACUGCCUCGACCGAGUCAGCGAAUACAAGUACAAGCCACCCGCAACAAAGCUCAUCGAGGGUAACAAGGACUUGAUUGACGAGGGCAGAGACAGCUCGGCAGAAACCCACAAGACAAUACGGCAAGCCGAAGAGGCAGCAGCUGCCCAGCCACACGCAGCGCCCGUGUCAGAGCAAAACAUGGCACCCCAGGUAAACCUGGUGCCUGUGUCUUCUGACCGCGCCACGGGCAGAAUACACAAUGAGCCAGGCACCCCGGCAGCACUCAACGCCGCUCGCAAAGCGAAGCUGAUGGGCUGGACCCUAAAGCAAGGUGUCAGUGAGGACGCUGACAUUGACCUUCAAGCAGCGGCCAUAGAGCCUGGUGCCACCCUCGGCAGUGUCACUGACAAGGUUAUCAUGCAGUACAAGGAUAUCUUGGAUCUGACUGCUCAGGAUUUCAGGCUCAUGAACUGGCACAUCGCCAACCUGGAGUACAGUAAUGCGACUAACUAUCAUCAGUUGAGUCUUCCCGGAUGGGAUAUUGAUGCCGGCAACGAGUGGGAAGGCAGCCAUUCCAUGGUCAUUGGAGGUUAUCAGAGUGUGCCUCGGGGGCUCUUGAUGAUCCCGACACCUCUCAACUUGAGACAGAAGUCCCCAGUUUGCAAGAUUACCUACACGUCUAGCAGCCCAACUGGUCCGGCGAUCGUCGAGUGCGAAGAUGGUUACAAGGUAGAAGCUGACUGUGUCGUCAACACCAUCCCGCUUGGCGUCUUGAAACAUGGAAGUGUCAAGUUUGAGCCUCCAUUGCCACAGUGGAAGGCAGAAGCUAUCGAACGUCUUGGCUUUGGCGUUUUGAACAAAGUGAUCCUGGUAUACAAGGAGCCGUUCUGGGACGAGAACCGUGAUAUCUUCGGCGUCUUGCGGAACCCACCGAACCGACACAGCACAGAUCAGAAAGAUUAUGCCUCGCAGCGUGGUCGUUUCUUCCAAUGGUUCAAUGUGAGCAAGAGCAGUGGCCUGCCUGUGCUCAUUGCUCUCAUGGCUGGAGAUGCCGGCUACGACACGGAACAGACGUGCAACGACGACCUGAUUGCCGAGGCUACCGACAUCCUGCGGCGUGUGUACGGAUCUAGAGUACCCUACCCCGUCGAAGCAGUCAUCACUCGCUGGGCAUCCGACAAGUUUGCCCGCGGCAGCUACUCCUCUGCUGGCCCGGAUAUGAAGGCUGACGACUAUGAUACCAUGGCCCGUCCCGUCGGCAACUUGUAUUUUGCCGUCCUUGACGCUCUUAUCGGCCCCAUUCCCGUCCCGACCCCUCUGAUCCUACCCAAGGACUUGAAGCGCAAGGCCCCGUCUUCAUCAUCCAUAUCUUCCCCCGCCGAUAUCUACCAAGCCCGGCUCCGCACCCACGAAGCCCUUCUCCACGAGCACCUCGUCUCUCGCCUAGGUCCCUGCCCCACCUUACCCCCCAAACCACCAACCAACGCCUACAUGUAUUACAGCAAAGCCCACUACGAUGAAGCACGCAGGCGUCUCGAAGCCGGUCGGCGUCCCGGCAAAGGCAAGCCCUCCGCCAAUGAGGUGCGCGUGAUGAGCUCCAAGAUGUGGCGCGACGCAAGCGAUGAGGACAAAAAGCCGUACGUCGAAAUGGCGGAAGAGGCGAAGCGCAAGUGGAACGAGACGGUCGAGAAAUGGCGCAAGGAUGUGGAGGAGUGGGAAGCCAAGGCUGAAAAGGAGCGGCAAGAGUGGGAGAAGACGAAUCCCCCGCCACCGCAGCCAUCCAAGACCGAGGAGAUGCUGGGGGAGGGAAGGAGGACUAAGAUGAGGGUUGUGGAGGGGAUGUAUAAAGAGGAGAGUGAGAGUGAGGGAUUCGGAGGCGGCACUGGGAGUGGGAGUGAUGUUGAGAUGGGUGGGGCUUGGGGAUAG